AUGGUUCUCCCGACGCAAACGCAGACUACGCAGACUACUCAUCUUCAUCCACAACACGCCUCGACCCACAUCCAUCCAAAUCACCACACCUCAACCCACAUCCACCCCGGUCUCCUUCGUCUAUCCCGAUCCCACCCCCGACUUUCCCGUCCCCACGCUCGUACCAACUCAUCAGACCUCAAAUCUCUCAUCGAUCAACACAUGGCAUGGCAAGAUAACGCCAUUCGACCCGGGACGAGGGGCACGCUGCUUGUAGAUUGGGAUGGGGAUGGGGAACCGCUUUUGUCGUAUCGAUCUGGGGAUGUUGCUGCGAAUUCCGUGGGCGCUGAGGUGGUGGUGGUGGUCGACAGUGUGGAUAAGGGGGGUGAGGAGGAGGAGGAGGUUGAGAAGGGUGGUGGGGAUGUGGGAUGUGAAGAGGAAGAGAGCGAGGAGGAGAGAGGGGUGAGGGAGGUGUUGGAGGAGAUGCUGGAGAAGAUGGUGAGUAGAGACGAGGUAGUGGAAGUGAAAGGUAAGGAGGAGGAGAAGAAGAAGAGGAAGAUGCUUGAGGAAGAAAAGGGUGUGAGAAUGGAGGAGAAGAAGAAGAAGGAGAGAAAGGUGGAGGGGGAGGUGAAGAGGGCGUUUUUGAUUCGGAGGAAGCCGGUUCCGGUACGACAAUCGAUUUCUCCUGUACGGUGGUCGGCUCCUGUGGCGCAGUCGGUUCAGGUGAGGCAUUCGGUUCCUGUACGGCAUUCGGUUGAUGUACAGCAGUCGAUUCCUGUAAAGCAGGGGGGAGAAGAGGGAAAGAAGGAAGUGGACGUGGGUGUUGAGAAGCGCCUUCCAGAGGUACCUGCCGAAGAGCAGAUAGAGGUAUUGCCUAUAUUUUAUAGGUAUGAGGAGGCGCCGAGUGAGUACGAGGAAGUGAAGAAGAAAGCGAGUAGGAGGAGUGUAGCUCGGUUGGCUGAAGUAUUGAAAAAAGAGGGUUUGGAGGUUUGGGGCAUGUUGAAGUAUGAGGGGAAAGAGUUGAAGGCUGUUAUAAAAUAUGAGGGAAAGGGGUUGUUGCAGGAGGUCAAGGAGGAUAGUAGAGAGUUACUACAGGGUUGGAGGGAGGAAGGCAGGUGGCUUUUGGUUGUGUUGAGAAACGAGUGGAGGGAUGGCGAAGAUAUUUUUCAGGGUCUAAAGUUUUCAAAUCUAGAAGUACUAUCCGGCAUUCUGGCCAGCUCAUAUCUUUGA